AGGCUCGCGCCGGGGCCGGCCUGGCCGCGCGCACCCUGGUCGGGAAAGGGCCGGACAGGGCAGGAUCGCGCGCGCAGGCGCGAGGCCACGCACGCCGGAGGCCCGCCCCGCCCAACGCCGGCCAGAGCCUGCUGCCGCGUCCGCUCCAGGUGGUACGGAACCUAGGUUGGCCUUCUCUACCCUGGGCAGCCUCUGACCCGGAAGGGGAGCGGGGAAAGAGGCUGUGCGCCUCUUGGUUAACGAGCUUCAGGGGUUGCGGCGGAUUAGUGACAGGCGCGCGCGUAGCGAUCGCCUGUGCCGCUUUGCUCGGGAGCAGUCGAACGAACUAGCGCCCGAUGGAUUAAAAGAAAUCAAAAGAAGUAGAGUUUGUGGAGGACGUGAUUUUCAAAGCUAAUUAUGAAAACAUUUGUCAUUGGAAUCAGUGGUGUGACAAAUGGUGGGAAGACAACACUGGCUAAGAAUUUGCAGAAACACCUUCCAAACUGCAGUGUCAUAUCUCAGGAUGAUUUUUUUAAGCCAGAGUCUGAGAUAGAGACAGAUGAAAAUGGAUUUCUGCAGUAUGAUGUGCUUGAAGCGCUUAACAUGGAGGAAAUGAUGUCUGCCAUUUCUUGCUGGAUGGAAAACCCAACAUACUCUCCGGUAUCAACACAUGAGGAAAGCAUUAAGGAAAUUCCCAUCUUAAUUAUUGAAGGUUUCCUUCUCUUCCAUUAUAAGCCCCUUGACACUGUAUGGAAUAGAAGCUAUUUUCUGACAAUUCCAUAUGAAGAAUGUAAGCGAAGGAGGAGUACAAGAGUCUACAAGCCUCCAGACGCCCCAGGGUACUUUGAUGGCCACGUGUGGCCCAUGUACCUAAAGCACAAAAAAGAAAUGGAGAAUGUCUCAUGGGAAAUUGUUUAUCUAGAUGGAACAAAAUCUGAGGAAGACCUCUUUUCACAAGUAUAUGAAGAUGUAAUACAAGAACUAGCAAAACAAAAGGGUGUGUAAGUGACAGCAUAAAGUGAAAUGGACUGAAAUCUUCCUGGAGUGAAUUGGAAAAUUCAAAGGAAUCUGUCCAAGUACUAUAACCAAGAUACAUUGUGCACUUUGGUACAAUGACAGUCUGUUGUUUCGUUUGUUCUGCCUCACAUGAUUUCCUUAACACAUGGAACAGUAAGUGGCUAUCCAUGAUAAUGGACAGAAAUGUACCCUAAUGCUGUUCUCACACCAAGAAGCGCACAGAUACAGCGUAGCUCACAAAGACUGAGUCAUUUCACUAGACUAAUGAUUUUCAAACUUUUAUGAAUGGGAUCCAAAGUGAAAAAUAAGAUGUAGCUCACAACCCAGUAUAUGUGUAAUCUGCUGAUGUGUGUGUUUGUGUGGAUGAGUCUAUAUAUGUAUGCAUAUGUGUCUAUAUUUGUUGCAUGUAUCAUAUCAAUUAUCAUAUAACAUUUACCUCACGUCUAGUUUACUCUUCAUAUUUUUCUGUUUUUAAUUUUUAAAAAAUAUUUGUCACCAUCCCAUACCGAUGCCCACCUCCUGCAAAUAAUGGGAUUACCAGGAGUAGCAAUCACAUUGAAUAAAUCAACAAUUUGCAACGGUA